UCCAUCUCUAUCUAAACAAACCCUAUUCCUAUCUUCUUCCUCCCAAACCAAUUCAACUCUCUUCUUCAUUCCUUAGAGAGAUCUAAAAUGGGGAGAGGAAGGAUUGAGAUAAAGAGGAUAGAGAACUCGAGUAACAGGCAGGUGACUUUCUCCAAGAGGAGAAAUGGGAUGCUCAAGAAAGCUAAGGAGAUCAGCGUUCUGUGCGAUGCACGCGUGUCGGUCAUCAUCUUCGGCAGCUCCGGCAAGAUGCAUGAGUUCUCCAGCUCCCCGCUUGUGGAAAUUCUGGAUCAAUACCACAAACUCACUGGGAAAAGAUUGUGGGAUGCCAAGCAUGAGAAUUUGGAGAAUGAAAUCAACAGAAUCAAGAAAGAGAAUGACAACAUGCAGAUUGAGCUGAGGCACCUGAAGGGAGAAGAUAUUUCAUCUCUGAACUACAGAGAGCUUAUGAUCUUGGAGGAUGCCCUUCAAAAUGGGCUGGGGAGCAUCUCUGAGAAGCAGAUGGAAGUCUGGAGGAACCUUACAAAACGAAAGUAUGAUCAGAGUCAAGGUGUGGCAGAAGAGAAUGAACAACUUAGUUACCGGUUGCGGCAACUGGAGAUAGCAGCGAUGAAUCGGAACUUGGGAGAGAUGGGGGAAGUGUUCAACCAGAGAGAGAGCAACGACUAUGAAUCUCAGAUGCCAUUCACCUUCAGUGUGCAGCCAAUGCAACCCAAUCUUCAAGACAGAUAAAUAUAAUAUAUCUAUAUAUGAAUGAACUAAACUAAACUGCAGGUUAUGCAUGCAUGGUUAUUACUGCUGCCAGCUUAACUAUUUCUAAUGAUGUUUUUAAUUUCCAUGUAUCAGUGUUUUGUUGUAUUAUAUUAUAAGACUUGUAGUUGUUCUUGUUCGUGAUUAUCAUGUGUUUUGUACUACUGUCACUUUUGUUUGAAGUACUGGAUGGCUAAGCUUAAUUAUAUAUGUUGGGAUUAUAUGUUUGUAUUAUUGUUGAAAUGUCAUUGUUUGUACUUUUAGUUAUUA